CGCGUAUCAAUCCUCGCAAGCAGCCACCCAACGCGGCGACGGGUAUGCCUGCAAAGAUCGAUGACAUCGACAGGGCAAGGCGGACUACGGUGGACUACAAGGACGGUGACAACGAGAUCAUCGUGGACAGGUGGAUCGCACCGGAUGCGGUCAAACUUGUGAAGCCAUGGACCAGACAUACCGACUUCAUCCUCCAGAAGACUGACCAUGACAUCGAGGACAUUAACCACGAGCACGAGGAAAAAGAUUCAGCUCACAAGCAGGAUAAUCUCAAGUACAAGCUGCAGGCAUAG